AUGGAGUCUUCAAAGACAACAGGUGUGUACUGCCACAUCUGCAACGUACACUUUCAACAUGCUGACCUCUUGGCUCUCUGUUCUUUUCAGUCAAACUCGCCAAGGUCAGUAUCCAGCCUUGGUUGGAAUAUCCGUCCGCUUUUGCUGCUCCGGUAGUCUGCAGCAUGGAUGGUGCAAUUGAGCCGGUCUCGCGAUCCGCGACGACCGAGAGCGGGACCCUUUUUCGUGGCGAAGGAGGAAGGUGGCUGGACUGGAUCCCUUUUCAGGGGUGCCAAUGUAGUCUGCUGAGGGCAAGGCAGGGAGACCUUCGAGAUAGUAGCAAGGUCUCAUCGGCAGAGGUUAAAGGCAAGACAAGGUCUAGCACGGUGUUGGAGCUUUGUAUCGUGUCCCAGAAGUUCUUGUCGCGGAAGGCCUUGCGGAGACCCUUUCCUUGCGCUGUUGCAUGCCCAACACCGUGCUUGAAGCAGCAAUGUAGGACGCACCUGGCAGCAAUGGACUGGCGUAGCCCAGGAAGUGAAGGACCUGCGCAAACCUUGGGCUUUCAUGCAGUCAAAGGGGUUUACAACUGAGGCGGCGGAGAGAAUGCGGUAGCAUAGCACCCUCUGGCGUUGAGCGCGAAGGCGUCGGGCGCUCAAGCGCUUCCGGCCAGUCAUCAUGACCAUGGUCCAAAUUCCCGUGCUCAGUCACGUCGCCCGCCCGCAUAGCUUCUGACAUACGAAGCUGACAUAAUUCCCGCUUGCUCUUGCUCUCCACGAAUAGGUGGUGAAGGUGAUGGGCCGCACCGGUUCCAGAGGUCAGGUCAUUCAGGUCCGAGUCGAGAUGAUGGACGACGCUAGCCGAAGCAUCAUCCGAAACGUCAAGGGUCCUUGCAAGGUGGAUGACAUCCUUGCAUUGCUCGAGUCCGAGCGUGAGGCACGGUGAGUCUUUCUGUCACUUCUAGUCCGCAUUCUUUGAGUAGCGCAUCGAAUUGAUCGACAUUUUCUCUUUGCCCUCUAUCCUUUAAUCAGUCGUCUGCGCUAA